AUGCAUAGGGAUGAAAGUGAAGAGAGGCCAGAGGAUGGAAGAAGGAAUGAAGAUGGGGAAAAUUAUGGGAACUGGAUUAACACAAAUAGGGGAAACCAUAUAGGAAAUAAUAGGUGUGGCAACAAUCUAAAUAAUGGACAAAAUAGAGCUAACAAUGGCAAUCAUGGAAGUGGCAAUGCUGGAGGUACGAACAAUGGUAACAAUAAUGGCAAUAAUAGUGGUGGUGGGAACAAUGGUGAUAAUGGAAAUUAUGGCAUCAAUGGUGGAUUCAAUAGAGGAAUUAUGAACAAUCAAAGCAACCAUCAUGGUGGCUGGCAACCCUUAUUCAUUGAAAGAUACAAACAAUUGGAUUUCACUAGCAUUGUUGGUUACCCAAAUCAGAUUACUAAUGAUUUGAGAUUAGCAAUCCCAAAAUUUUCAGAAAAUGGAGUUGAUUCAGCAAAGUAG